CAAGCUUCAACGAGAUACGCAUCGCUCCUUCCACGUGCAGGAAACAGCGAGAGUGCGCAUGCCUAUUAGAAGUUCAUCGUCCGGAAGAGGAGCUGUAUCUCAGCAAAUACUGGCUUCGAUUGCGGCUAUUGGACUUCCUGGCGUUUGGCAACGGGAUCUUCGUUAAAAUUAGCGAAUUCCACCAGAAAGACAUCUGCCGUGACGAUGGCGCGCCAUGUUCGUUUCCGAACACCUCCAGAAAGUGCCAAAGCCCACGUCGAUGUAACUUCGAGGGUAGAGUACGUGUUCGUUCUUAGCAGGCACGGCGAACGAACACCGCUCACUCAAUGUUCGAAGCUCGUCAAGACCAGUCCUGAGGGCUACGGUCAACUGACGAAAACGGGCCGGAAACAGUGCAAGAACUUGGGCAAGAUGCUCAGGGAACGGUACCCAAAUCUUCUCAAGGGUCAGCCUGGUGAAGUACGAGCCACUUGCGACAAACUGCCUCGAACCUUUCAGGGUCUCCGCCGCACUUUAAAGGGUCUAGGCUUCAAGGAUGUAAUACCCGCCGAAGAUGCGACGGAUUAUGACAGCAUUGAGGUGUCGGCCUUGGCGAAGAACUAUUCUUCGAUGAUGAAGGAGCAGUGUAUCGGUCAGUUCAAAACCAUGAGAGAUAUAUUGGACUACACGGUCAAGAACACCGGAUCCCCGACGAAGCCAGAAAAGGCAGUGCUACAGUCUCUGGACAACGUCAUAACACACGUCCGCAACGGACAUCGGAUACCCCAGUGGGCUAGUGGUCACAGCCGUAACAGUUCGUCGUUACUUUUUCUAUUACAUAUGCACCUGUUCAUGACGUCGGAUGUCGUCGUAUUCUCCUUCGUGCGGCUGCUCUGUUCAACUUACGAUAAGAGGCCCCCAUUCUGCGCGUCCUUCUUUUUCGAAGUGUUCCUGGAGAAGAACGAGCCCAGGCUGCACCUUAUGCACUACAGUGAAGCCGUGCACGCGUCCGUGGCAAUGGACAAUCUCCCCAACCCGUGCAGCGUGCACGAAUUUACGCAGGAACUGGGUCGCAUAUUAAAAAUCAAUAAGUGAUAGCGCCUCUGGGAAGGAGAACAGUA